UAUCUCGCAGUCACUCGUCCAGAUAUUGCUUAUUCUAUGCUGAUUGGGCCGGUUCUAAAGAUGAUCGAAGAUCUACAUCUGGUUAUUGUGUCUUUGUUGGUGGUAAUCUUGUAUCUUGGAAGAGUAAGAAGCAGAAUGUGGUUUCUCGUUCGAGUGCCGAAUCAGAAUAUUGAGAUAUGGCACAAUCUGCAUGUGAGAUCAUAUGGAUAAGCCAUUUAUUGACCGAGCUCGGACUAAAGCCAUCAAUGCCUGCUAAAUUGUGGUGUGAUAACCAAGUUGCUAUACACAUAGCAAACAAUCCUGUAUUUCAUGAGAGAACAAAGCAUAUUGAGGUCGAUUGUCAUUUUAUUCGAGAGAAGAUACAAAAAGGAUUGAUCUCUACAGGAUAUGUGAAGAGUGGGGAACAACUUGGAGAUUUCUUCACUGAAGCACUAAAUGGAAUUCGAGUUGGUUAUUUAUGUAACAAGUUGGGCAUGAUAGAUAUCUAUGCUCCAACUUGAGGGGG